AUGACGGGAGCUCCGCCGUACAAUCCUCAAUCUCCUACCCAGCAACCUCGUUAUUCUGCAUAUUCUUCUCCGAGCAAGAACCGUCCCUACUACCCCAACAACAAUGACCAAUAUCAACAGCACCCGCCGCAGACGCCGCCCGCCUUCCCCCCUCAGCCCAGCAUGGCCAGGAGCCCUCACUUCUCCCAUGCGCCGUCUCCGUUACCGGCCACGCUGCCUCCGUUGAAUGGCGCCGCUCCUUCAUCUCAUCCAUCGGAUACAUCAUCACAGUAUCAGGCCCAUUCCUCGGCUGGAACGCCGCAGUUCCCCCUGCCUCGGCCCUACUCUAAUUCCGUCUUGUCGGGCAACGGCGCGACCCCCUACGGUCAUUCUACUCCCUCCCACGCUCAUCCCUCUGGUCGGCCCGACAGCCAUUCGCAAAUUUCUCCCAAAAAAGAGUCAGAAUCUCCUUACCCUAUGGGGGGCCACGGAGUCGCGCCGUAUCCAUCUUCCAUGAUGCGAGAGUCUAGGCAUUCUUCUCCUCCCAAGGAAACCAAACCAGAUCCCAUGUCGUUUGCGAGCAUCUUGGCUGGACCAGCAGAAGAGCGCAACCCGCCUUCCCGACAAUCUCCACCGAAGAAACAGCCGUCCCUGGAACCCGCAGCAACCCCCAUCGCGCCAGCACCAAGCGCGACGGACAAUCUGAACCCACCGUCGACGACGCCCAUCCCGGUCUCUCGCAGCAAAAGCAAAGACAGAGAGCCCUCUGGCCCGGCCUUACCGCGAAUAGAAAAGAAACCCGCCAAUGAAAAGCGCCGUCGCAACGUCGACCACGAGCCCAGAGUGUCCGACUCACGGUCUUCCACCGUCGCGAAUGGCCUUUCUGAGUCAACGAAAGCCUCCUCGUCGUCCCGCGGCGCUGCUUCUCGCCACCCCUUGACAGAAGGGGAGGUGGAAGCUCUCAACCGCGCGAUGGUCGAUAUGGCAAACGCAGAUAAAAGUGAUGUGGAAGGCCCUGGGUAUGAGAGACAGUACCAGGAAUACAAGGCCAAAAGCAAGAAGCGUGCCCUUCUCACCGAGCAAACGGAGUUGAUUCGGCGCAAGCGACGACGUCAUCAGUUCUUGGGAGAUCUCGCAAAGUCCCUGGAGAAGCAAGCCGAUGCCGGAAUGGAUCGAUUCCGACUCACGAACGAGGCAUCCGUUAUCGCUGAAGUACAAGCUAAAGAGAUCCAGGACGAAAAAGAACGCAAGAAGGACAUGCAGCGGAAGCGGCGACGUGAGAAUACCGUGCGCAUGGAAAUGCAGAAGAAACUGGAGGCAGAGCUCAAAGCAAAUGAGGCCCAGGAUUCUGCCGAGAAGGCGAAGUUCCUCCGUGAAGCCGAGAGAGCUCAGCGCAAGAUCAAGACUACCAAGAGAGCUCUGGAGGGUGUUACUGCCCCCGAGGAGAUUAGCGAAGUGACUCCCUUGGCGCCAAACCUUGAAGGGGGCACCACCAGUUCUUUCCACAUCGGUCGGAACUCUCCUUCGAGGCGCAAGUCUGGACGCAAUGGCCCCGUCACGCGACCCAAAAAGUCCAAGGAACAGAAACAAGCUGAAAAGGACGCGGCAGAAGCAGCGUAUGCAGCCAUGGAGAACGAUGAGGCAUUGCCUGUGGCACCCAAGGAAGACCCCCGUAAGGAGUCCAUCAAGAAGGAGACCAAAGGCAACCGAUCCAAGGAGCCCACGCCCACGCCGCUCUCCGCCUUCGAGACCAAGGGCUACAACCAGAUUUACGAGCAGAUCUGGCGCGAUAUUGCUCGUAAAGAUAUCCCCAAGGUCUACCGCAUCAAGGGUCUGUCUCUCAGCACGCGCCAGGAAAACCUCCGCAAGACAGCCCAACUGGCUAGCAAGCAAUCUCGCAAGUGGCAGGAACGCACCAACAAGAGCAUGAAAGACACUCAGGCCCGUGCCAAACGGACAAUGCGUGAAAUGAUGUCCUUCUGGAAGCGCAACGAACGUGAGGAACGUGAUUUGCGUCGUCUUGCCGAAAAGCAGGAGAUCGAGUCUGCUAAGAAGGCGGAAGCGGAGCGUGAAGCCAAUCGUCAGAGACGUAAGCUCAACUUCCUUAUCUCUCAGACCGAGCUGUACUCCCACUUCAUUGGCCGUAAGAUCAAAGGUGCAGAAGGAGACGAGUCCGGGGACACGGCCGUGGAUGGAACCGACCAGACUGUCCAGCCUGGGAAACCUCAAGACCACACGGUGGAUAUGCCUCCCAGUGUCGCCGACCUUGGUGCCAAGGUCACCAACUUCGAAGAUCUUGACUUUGAUGCCGAGGAUGAGACGGCCUUGCGGCAGGCGGCCAUGGCCAACGCUCAAAAUGCCGUUCAACAGGCUCAAGAUCGAGCCCGUGCCUUCAACAACGGCCAGAACCAGAUGGAUGCGUUGGAUGAGGGUGAACUGAACUUCCAGAACCCUACCAGCUUGGGUGAUAUCGAGAUCUCUCAGCCCAACAUGCUUACCGCUAAGCUGAAGGAGUACCAGCUCAAGGGUCUUAACUGGCUUGUCAACCUGUACGAGCAAGGUAUCAACGGUAUCUUGGCCGACGAGAUGGGUCUAGGAAAGACUAUUCAGUCUAUCUCAGUCAUGGCUUACCUCGCUGAAGUCCACAAUAUCUGGGGUCCGUUCUUGGUCAUUGCGCCAGCGUCCACGCUGCACAACUGGCAACAAGAAAUCACCAAGUUCGUCCCGGACAUCAAGGUUCUUCCGUACUGGGGCUCAGCCAAAGACCGCAAGAUCCUCCGUAAGUUCUGGGAUCGAAAGCAUAUCACAUAUACAAAAGAGUCUGAGUUCCAUGUGUUGGUCACCUCAUAUCAGUUGGUGGUUCUGGAUGCACAGUACUUCCAAAAGGUCAAGUGGCAGUACAUGAUUCUUGAUGAAGCCCAGGCCAUCAAGUCCUCUCAGAGUUCCCGUUGGAAGAACUUGCUCGGUUUCUCCUGCCGUAACCGUCUUCUCCUGACAGGUACUCCUAUUCAGAACAACAUGCAGGAGCUGUGGGCCCUUCUGCACUUUAUCAUGCCCACGCUGUUCGACUCUCACGAUGAAUUCAGCGAAUGGUUCUCCAAGGACAUUGAAUCCCAUGCUCAGAGUAACACGAAACUCAACGAGGACCAGCUAAGACGUCUCCACAUGAUUCUAAAGCCUUUUAUGCUUCGCCGUGUCAAGAAGCAUGUUCAGCAGGAACUUGGGGAUAAGGUUGAGAAGGACAUCUUUUGCGACCUUACGUACCGCCAGCGCGCUUACUAUACUAACUUGCGCAACCGGGUCAGCAUCAUGGACCUAAUCGAGAAGGCCGCCGUUGGAGACGAGGCAGACAGCACAACGCUGAUGAAUUUGGUCAUGCAGUUCCGAAAGGUCUGCAACCACCCGGAUCUGUUCGAGCGCGCGGAAACGAAAUCACCAUUCUCUGUCGCGCACUUUGCUGAAACCGCCUCGUUUGUCAGAGAAGGCCAGAAUGUCGAUGUCGCUUACUCAACUCGCAACCUGAUUGAGUAUCCGUUGCCCCGUCUGCUCUGUGGGUCUGCUGGUCGCGUCGAUGUUGCGGGACCCGAUAAUGCGUACGCCGGCUUCCGUGGGAAGUAUCUUAACCACAUGAUGAACAUCUUCGCUCCUGAUAAUAUCAAGCAGAGUGUUCGGGACAACGGGGCAUUCUCUUUCCUGCGAUUUGUGGAUACAUCCCCGGGUGAGGCCUACGAGCAGUCACAUUCCGGUGUCUUCGAACGGGCUGUCCGCCGCCGUGGACAAACAAACAGGCUGGCCCGGCUCAAGGUUGUUUACGAAGAUGACAAGACAGCCGCCUCAGCCCUUCCGCAUACAUUGUUCAACGUUGUCGAUCGCAACGAUCGUCAUGCAGUGAGCGAGGUCGCGGCUGAGGGCUACAUGCGGGAUUUGAUGACCGUUUCCCAGUCUACGUUUGAGCGAGAGGGUCUUUCUCUGAUUGAGCCAUCUGCCACCCCCGCAGCGUCGGCACCUCCAAUCACCAUCACGAGUUCGAGCCAGGUUCCCAUAUAUGAGGCCAGAGACAGCUUCUUCAAUAUUUCCGUGCGCCAUGCUUUGUACGGCGUUGCCUCGAAGCAGGUGGAGCAGCAGAUUGUGGAAAGAAAACUGGAUCCCACACCCUACUCGCUGCAGCCCAUGCUACCCAAGCCACUUUCCACCAAGGGCCGAUACACGCAUAUUGAGGUACCGUCGAUGCGUCGCUUCGUCACGGACUCCGGUAAACUGGCCAAGCUGGACGAACUCUUGCGCGAGCUCAAGGCCGGUGGACAUCGUGUGCUACUGUACUUUCAGAUGACACGUAUGAUCGACUUGAUGGAGGAGUAUCUGACCUACCGCAAUUACAAGUAUUGUCGAUUGGAUGGAAGCACCAAGCUGGAGGAUCGUCGUGAUACUGUGGCGGACUUCCAACAGCGUCCGGAAAUUUUCGUAUUCCUUCUAUCCACGCGUGCGGGUGGUCUGGGAAUCAACCUCACGGCAGCCGACACGGUCAUCUUCUACGAUUCGGACUGGAACCCUACCAUUGAUUCUCAGGCCAUGGACCGAGCUCACCGUCUGGGUCAGACGAGGCAAGUCACGGUCUACCGCCUCAUCACUCGUGGCACGAUUGAGGAGCGGAUUCGGAAGCGGGCGUUGCAGAAGGAAGAGGUCCAGCGUGUCGUCAUCACGGGUGGUGCCGCUGGUGGAGUUGACUUCAACACGCGCAAUCGGGAAAGCCGGACCAAGGACAUUGCUAUGUGGCUGGCGGACGAUGAGCAGGCCGAGCUUAUCGAACAGAAGGAAAAGGAAGCCAUGGACCGUGGAGAGGUGUUUGGUGCCAGUAAAGGUGGGAAGAAGGCGGCUCAGAAAAGAAAGAGAGACAUCACGCUGGAUGAUAUGUAUCAUGAAGGCGAGGGCAACUUUGACGAUGCCAGUGCCAAACCCUCGGGCGCCGCGACUCCGGUGUCCGCCGCGGAUAACAUUGGGACGCCCUCGGCCACACCCAUUCCCAAGCGAGGACGUGGACGCGGGACUGGCAAGGGCACGUCGAAACGGGCGAAGACGACGAAAGAGCGACUGCGUCUCAUUGACGGCGAUGGGGGCCUCGGACCCAGCUAA